GUGACAGGAGUCGGCGGAUGCAAGGGCUGGCGCAGCUGCCGCUGUGGCAGCGGUGAGGCGGCGUUGGCGGCUGCGGUGGCUCCGCUGUCGGGAUAUUGGCCGCAGCAGCUGCGUGCUGAGCUGCGCUCUGUAGACACGGUGCAUGGUGCGGGAUCCCGGAACGGCGCGUAAGAUGCAUCUGAUGGAGCAGAGAAGCAUCCCUGGCCCCGUGGCUUUGAACAGGAGCUCAAGCCGGAGACCCUUAAAAGCCCUGGCCAUCGCAUCCUGAAGACUGCAGGACCGGGGAACAUGGCCGUGAGCUUAGAUGACGAUGUGCCGCUCAUCCUGACCUUGGACGAGGGUGAGAGUGCCCCACUGGCUCCUUCCAACGGCCUGGCCCAAGAGGAGCUGCCCAGCAAAAAUGGGGGCAGCCGCAGCAUCCAGGACUCCCAGGUUCCCAGUCUGGUCUCCCAGGUCGACAGGUCCCCCUCCAGUCCUCCUGGACACAACUGGGAGAUGAAUUAUCAAGAGGCAGCAAUCUACCUCCAGGAAGGCCAGAACAAUGACAAGUUCUUCACACACCCCAAGGAUGCCCGAGCGUUGGCCGCCUACCUCUUCGCACACAACCACCUCUUCUACCUGAUGGAGCUGCUCACAGCCCUGCUCCUGCUGCUGCUGUCGCUGUGCGAGUCACCCGCUGUCCCUGCUCUCCGGCUCGGCAUCUACGUCCACGCCACCCUGGAGCUGUUCGCCCUCAUGGUGGUGGUGUUUGAACUAUGCAUGAAGUUGCGCUGGCUGGGCUUCCACACCUUCGUCCGGCACAAACGCACCAUGGUCAAGACAUCUGUCCUGGUGGUGCAGUUCAUUGAGGCUAUCGUGGUGCUGGUGCGGCAGACGUCCCACGUGCGGGUGACCCGGGCACUACGCUGCAUUUUCCUGGUGGACUGUCGGUACUGUGGCGGAGUGCGGCGCAACCUGCGCCAGAUCUUCCAGUCAUUGCCUCCUUUCAUGGACAUCCUCCUGUUGCUGCUCUUCUUCAUGAUCAUCUUUGCCAUCCUGGGUUUCUACUUAUUUUCCACUAACCCUUCUGACCCAUACUUCAACACCUUGGAGAACAGCAUUGUCAACCUGUUCGUUCUUCUCACCACAGCCAACUUUCCAGACGUGAUGAUGCCCUCCUACUCCCGGAACCCGUGGUCCUGCAUCUUCUUCAUUGUGUACCUCUCCAUCGAGCUGUACUUCAUCAUGAACCUGCUCCUGGCCGUGGUGUUCGACACCUUCAAUGACAUCGAGAAGCGCAAGUUCAAGUCUCUGCUGCUGCACAAGCGAACUGCCAUCCAGCACGCCUACCGCCUGCUUGUCAGCCAGCGGAGGCCGGCCGGCAUUUCCUAUAGACAGUUUGAAGGCUUGAUGCGCUUCUACAAGCCCCGAAUGAGUGCCAGAGAACGCUUCCUGACUUUCAAGGCCCUGAAUCAGAGCAACACUCCUCUGCUCAGCCUGAAGGACUUCUAUGAUAUUUACGAAGUUGCUGCUCUCCAGUGGAAGGCAAAGAAGAACAGACAGCAUUGGUUUGAUGAGCUUCCCCGGACGGCCUUCCUUAUCUUUAAAGGAAUUAACAUCCUUGUGAAGUCCAAGGCCUUCCAGUAUUUCAUGUACUUGGUGGUAGCUGUCAACGGGGUGUGGAUCCUGGCAGAGACAUUCAUGUUGAAAGGUGGGAAUUUCAUCUCGAAGCAUGUGCCCUGGAGUUACCUUGUGUUUCUCACCAUCUAUGGAGUUGAACUGUUCAUGAAGGUGGCUGGCCUGGGUCCUCUGGAGUACCUGUCCUCUGGAUGGAACUUGUUCGAUUUCUCGGUCACCACAUUUGCCUUCCUGGGACUGCUCGCACUGACUCUCAACAUGGAGCCCUUCUAUUUCAUCGUGGUCCUACGUCCCCUUCAGCUGCUCAGGUUAUUUAAACUGAAGAAACGCUAUCGCAAUGUGCUGGACACCAUGUUUGAGCUGCUGCCACGCAUGGCCAGCCUCGGCCUCACACUGCUCACCUUCUACUAUUCCUUCGCCAUUGUGGGCAUGGAGUUCUUCAGCGGGCGACUGUACCGCAACUGCUGCAACUCCAGCACAGUGGCUGAUGCCUACCGAUUUAUCAACCACACGGUGGACAAUAAGACCAAGAUAGAGGAUGGCUACUACUAUCUCAAUAAUUUUGACAACAUCCUCAACAGCUUUGUGACCUUGUUUGAGCUCACAGUUGUCAACAAUUGGUAUAUCAUCAUGGAAGGUGUCACCUCACAGACCUCCCACUGGAGUCGCCUGUACUUCAUGACCUUCUAUAUCGUGACCAUGGUGGUGAUGACCAUUAUCGUGGCCUUUAUCUUGGAGGCCUUCGUCUUCCGCAUGAACUACAGCCGCAAGAGUCAGGACUCGGAAGUGGACAAUGGCAUCGUCAUCGAGAAGGAAAUAUCCAAGGAGGAGCUGCUGGCCAUCCUGGAGCUUUAUCGUGAGGUGCGAGGUGCCUCCUCUGACAUCACCCGGCUGCUUGACACCCUCUCUCAGAUGGAGAAAUACCAGCAAAAUUCCUUGGUGUUUCUGGGACGGAGAUCAAGAACCAAAAGUGACCUGAGCUUGAAGAUGUACCAGGAGGAGAUCCAGGAGUGGUACGAGGAGCAUGCCCGGGAGCAGGAGAUGCAGCAGCAGCAGCUUAGGGGCAGCGUGCCUGGCCCCACCACCCAGCAGCCUCCUGGCAGUCGCCAGCGUUCCCAGACUGUCACCUAGCCGGGCCCCGUGGAGCCAGCUCUUCUAUGCAAUAACCCCACAGUAUUAUGUACUACCACGUAUGGAACCCGUGUGUAUGCAGACACACUCAUAUAUGCACAUACUUAACAGACAGAAAAAGACUAGCCGGGACUGGUUUGAACCGCCUUGCUCUGUCUUUCUGAGCUUCAGAAGUCGGCUUGGGCUAGAGGACCAGGCCUGACUGAGCUCUUCCUACCAUGGAAAUCUCUGGAAGCCCUCUUCUCCAGAAGCUCCUUAAACAGGCUGUGCCAUCUCAGCAAUGCCAGCUUCCUGGGGACACCAGGUGGGCCCUUCCUGCUGCUGCCUCGGGCCCCAUCCCUGCAGUGUCCCCAGUAGUCCCCACACCCGUCACAGGUGUCCGUGUCUGGUAUUCGGGACAAAACCACUAGGAAGAAACCCCACUGCCUGCAGGACAGCAGUGUCUGUGGGUGAUGGAAGUGUCUGUGGGAGCAGUGUCUGUGGGACGGGUGCCUGGGAUGCAAUGGGAAGCCAGGCCCAGCAGGAGGCCCCAGGAAUUUGACCGAGGGUAAACCGUGUCCCUUCUGGGAGUCACUUCUUCAGCAGAGUUCAUUUGAGCCGGUGCUGAAGGCUGGGGAGGGAGCCACAGCCCAGGAUCCCUCACUGCCCAUCACUGCAGCCUGGCGCCACCGCACCAUGGACUCUGAGGCACAAGGAGGACUGGCCUCCCCAAGGCUCUCAUAAACUAGGUGGGUUGGGGAGGAGGGUCAGGUAAGCAUUCAGCCACCUCCACCUCCUGUGGUCACUUCAUCCCACUGUUGUGUCCAUCAAGGGGUAAGGUACAGAGCAGGCAGGCAGGCUUGGGGAGAGCUGGGAAAGUGUCUCCUACCUCCUGGCACCUCCAGCUAACCUGGCCUUCCAUGCCUGUUGCUUCUUGGGACUCAGAAUGGGCAGGCAUAGGUCCUUUCAUGUUCUCGCAGCUGCAGGAGACAGAGCUAGGCCCAGCACCCCACUCAGCUAGCUGAUCCUGGGGCCAAGCUGGAAAGCGGGUGUUUUCACUCUGAAUAAAGCACAGCCCCCCUGGGAAAACCACUGCUUCCCACAAGCAGUCAAGAGACUGGUAGCAUCCCCUUAACUCUGAAAGGCUCUUUGCCUCCACUGGAGCCCAGCCUGGACUCCCGAGCCCUCUCUCCAGAGAAGUAGCUUCAUUUGCAUAGCUGGGUGCCUUAGUUUUUGUGUAUGGGCAUUUUGGAAGCAAAAAGAGGGGAGGCCUCUACAGAGGGCCUAGGGCCUCUGAGCAUCCUGGUCCUAGGCCUUCCUCUACCCCAGGAAUUGUUAAGCACCCCUUAGCGUAGGGGAGAAGGGCCCAGGUGUGGGGACCAGUCUGGGGCCUAAUAUGAGGUACCAGAACCCCUUGGGUUUAGCACAUACCAGCCAGGCACCAAACCCCACCCAGUCAUGUAGACUGGGGACACCUAUCCCCAUAGGGUCACCUUGGGCACACCAAGCUGACUCUCAAACUUGCUAAGCAGGGGCCAGAUGGCUGUGAUCCAGGCUGUGAGCUGAGAUGCCCUGGGACCCUGUCUAGCCCAGAUGCCCUUCCCUCAGUUCAGCUGAGUAGGGACUGGGGCUCAGUCACAGCGUAGCAGGGGUAGCUAUGGAACCAUGUUCUUCCCCUCCCCCACCCCAGCCUUACUCCACACCAUGCAGACAAUCAUUUUGUACGGAUCAGGAGCCACGUCAGAAGGUUUUAUACAAUGAUUUGCUACCUGGAAGCCCACUGUGCCCAGAUUUCUGGUGUGUCAAUAAACAAGCCUCUGCUUUGUA